ACGCACAACUCCGUAUCACCCCAGGGCCAAUCCUGUCGAGAGAUUCAAUAGGACCCUUCUCCAGAUGCUUGGUACCUUGAGUGGACAGGAAAAGAUGCAUUGGAAGGAACAUGUAAAACCUCUUGUCCAUGCGUAUAACAGUACAAAAAAUGAUACAACAGGCUAUUCACCCUAUGAACUAAUGUUCGGGAGACAACCUAGGCUCCCCAUUGAUCUGGCAUUCGGAUUACCAGUAAACUCCCAGAAGAAGUCUCACUCUCAGUACGUCACUGACCUAAAACAACGACUGGAGGAAAGUUUUAAAAUUGCAACUUCUAAUGCACAGAAGAACGCGGAACGCAAUAAGGCACGUUUCGACAAACAAGUGGUAGAUUCAACCUUGGAUGUGGGUGACAGAGUCUUGGUGCGUAAUGUUAAACUCAGAGGAAAGCACAAAUUAGCAAACAGAUGGGAGGAUGACGUGUAUGUGGUCCUGAGGAAAGCGGGUGAACUGCCAGUCUAUACAGUAAAGCCUGAGGGCAAGGAUAGGCCAAUCAGAACCUUACACCGUGAUCUGCUCCUCCCUUGCAGUUUUAUAUCUGCCACAAAUACAACAGAAGAGAGCUCCAAAAAGCCUCAGACAAAACGAAGAACAAGGCAGUGUGUUGUUCAAGAAGAUGAGGAGUAUGAGGAAGACUCAGAAUCUGAAUACUUACCAAUACCUACCUGGACAUCAUUGCCUUCCUCCACUUCAACCAGACCUCCUGAAAGGAUGUCAACUUCCGCCAUGCCCAAUGCUGAAAAUGUAACACACCUACCAACCUGUGAUACCGAACAAGUCAAAACUACUGAACAAGUCAAACCUACUGAAGAAGUCAAUCUUACCGAACGAGACAAACAAACCGAAUAUGCCAACCAAACAGAAUAUGGCAAUGAAACCACACAUGACAAUCUAAAUGAAGGAGACAGACAAGCUAAGGAAAGUGUGGACUUACCUGAUUGUACUUACUUACCUUGUUCCUUGGAAAAUUAUAUUCCAACCGAUGAUUCUGGUGAUGGAAAUCAGCAAUCUGGUGAAGAACUGCAGCCCAUUGCAGAGGAGACAUUGCCCACAUGUCUCAAUGGUUUCCCCCAUGAAACUGUUAUCUCUGAGCAACCAUGUUCACUUGAUGCACAAGCUGGUUCUCAAGCUCAAAACGUCCCACGAAGGUCUCAAAGAUCACAUGAAAGACCAGAAAGAUUACAGUAUUCAAGAUUGGGCAAUCCCUUACUGUAUGUUGUUAAUGCUGUCUUUAGUAGCCUGAAUGAAGCUAUUACAAGUUCCAUGCAACAGCUUAACCGGUUGGAUGCACAGGGCCGUGCAUACCAUCAAAGUGGGGAGGGUGUAGCCCAUAUUUGACAAUUGAGUGCUUUUAAUAAAAUAUGCUUAAAGCCCAAAUAAGUAUUUUGUUAGUAGUUCCAGACUGCUACAUGAUUCUGUUGUGAACAGACUAAUUGUCAGCUUUUAAAGAGUUAAUUUUUCCAAGUGAUUGACAUUUAGCUCUGGUCCAACGACCUGUCCUUAUCUGCGCACUUGUCCCGCCCCAUGGCCCCACACGCGCGCGCAGCCACCAGUCACCAGGUCUCUUUCUCCUUUCUUCCAAUCCGAGCACAUGAGACACUGGCAGAAAACUGCAGUUGAAAAAAACAAAUACAGGUACAAACUUAACGCACAGUGUUAAUUUAACCGAUCAAUCGUUGAAGUUAAACGUUAUAUCUCGCAUAUUUAUUUGAAAGAAACGAUAUAUUAAGUUAGGAAUUCAUUAUUUUUACCCUUUGCACUUUUGGUUUUAGACGAGAGAGAGGCUAGGAGGAAGCGCCAUUUUGAACUCCAGCCUUUUCACUACUGUGAGAUCGGUCAGGUUUUUUUUGUUGGGCGGACCUGUCGUUGAUGGCGAGCCACCCCCUUGGAUAAACUGGUUGAGUCGAUCAUCUACUGCACGGUGCAGUGUGGUAGGCCCCACAGCAACAUACCCUUCCACGCCUUGUCAUUUGCUGCUCCUUCCUUGCACACAUUCCCCUGGAACACUGGACGUUAAACUUACCUGAAAUUCAUAAGGACUUUUGCGGACUGUACACAUAUCUACAUGCAGGAAGUGAACUUGGGGUGGGGUAGAGUCAUUCUUCCACAAAAGGGUUUGUUGUUUGAUUUGUUGAUGAAUGUAAUGUCCAUCGAACUUGAAUUGUACCAGAUAUUUUUGUUGAACUUAAAUUGAAUGUGAAUUUGAAAGGGUGCACCCAGGUAAGAACUGUUGACUAC